GCUGGAACGGGUUCAGCAAUUUUAACGCCUUUGUCAUGAGCGCGAUAGACCCUGCCUUCCGAGACGGAUAACUAUUCGAAGCUGGCUUGCGUCAACGGCACCGGUAUGCCAAAGGUUGCAGCCCUCUGCGAGUUUACAUGUUCUCUCGAUUACUGCCCGCCGGGAGCUUGCGUGUGCACUGAAUUCGGGAAGACGCCUACCAGGCCGAAAGCCAUGGAUAUAAAGGGGUAUCCAGUUGCCACGCUAGAUGCGAGCUUCAGCGGGCUGUGUUCUUUUGCGUGCAACUACGGCUUCUGCCCACAGGACUACUGCACUACUACCGAAGUCGCGCUGCCAAUCUGGCCUGAGUCGCUGUUUGACCCACCAUACUGCACAGAGGGCAAAUCUUUUGACCCGUCAUUCGACGACCUUUGCCAGUUCACCUGUGCUCACGGCUUCUGUCCUAUCGGCGUGUGCCGCUGCCUGGCAACCGGCUUCCUCAACCUAUUGGAACCCAACACCACGUCUAGCGCCGGCACUCUCAAGGGUAUCAAUGACUACGGCCUGUGCAACUACGCUUGUACUCGGGUUUUCUGUCCUGCCCAGACCUGCUACGAAAACACGGAUCCCAUGGAGAAUGGCUUCGGACCUUACUACGAUCCUGUCACAGAGGAGUACUAUGAUAAUACCAACCCAGGCAACGUCAACUGCGACCCAUCUAAAGCACCACGGAACCUUGACGAUCUAAUCAAGGGAAUCGAUAGCAACAGCGUGCCUGCUGUCUGCUGGGACCAGUGGGCUCUAGAGAUUCUCUUUGAAGCCCUUGUGAACUUUAACGACGAGUUCGCCGCAUCUGCAAAAGGAUAUGACAAUCUCUAUUCCGCCUACGAGACAAGGGUCAAGGAUAGCGUCGGGCAGCAGCUCGAGUCUUUCAUGGCGGUCGAUACUGGCGAGGGAAACCAGUACUUUGACUGUGUACUCACGCUCUCCGGCCACAAGUAUGAUAAGAUGGGCUGCCAGUUCCUCGGCCUAAACAAGUUUGCGGACGCGGAAUGGACCAUUGAUUACUCGCUCCGCGACGCCGAUGGAUUCUAUGCUGCCGUGUUGGAGAAGUUGGGUAUCGAGAGAGACUGGAUCACUUUCGGCACCAUUGAUCUCGGCUGGGCAUGCCGCGAUGUAGGCUCCGAUAGACCGGGCGCAGGCAACCGACCUUGUCUGAAACUGGAACAUCAGAAGACGAAUGCACCUAUUUCGGUCCAAAAAGAAAAGAUCAAGGUUCCGAACCCCAAGGAAGUCAUCCGGGCUGCUAUGCCCAAUAUGACUAAUCUCGCCAACACACUGAUGGUGGCGCACCUUGACUUGACGCUGCAUAUCAAUGAGGCAGAAGGCGGUGACAUUGUCGCAGCGGCAAGUGUGCCAAUCUUCAUGCUGCAGCAGGCUAUUCGCAGCAUGGACAACAUCAAGUCCAUCGGUGCCAAGAUCUUGGAAGAGAACAAGCAGAGAUUAGUCCUUGAGAUCCUUAGCAUUGUCCUCGUCAUAAUCCCCUUCAUCGGCGAAGCUGGAGGAGCGCUCUUCGGUGGGGUCGCGAUGAUCUCCCGCAUUGCCGCUCUCGUUGAUGUGGCCGGGUCUGCCAGCCUCACUGCCUAUGAUAUUGUACAAGACCCCACAUCAGCGCCUUUUGCAAUUUUAAGUCUACUUGUUGGAGGUUUUGGCAGCGGCGUUAGGUCUGAGAAGGAGGCCUUUAGCGAGGCAGCUAAGGCACGCAAGGGGCUAUUAGCAUCUGAUAUAGCUAAGUUUGGGGAUAAUUUUGUUACAAGUGACACCAAGAUUCCAAAAAUCGUUAAUGCCUGUCUAAGGAUCUAGUUAGCUUUAGGCUCCCUUACUACUAUAGUUUAGUAGCAGUGUUACAGUAGCUAUGUAGUAAAUUACUCUAGCUAUUUAACAACCCGACCCCUCAACCGAACCAUCCCCACAUCCGAACCACCCGAAAAUGCCGCAUCCA